UCUGGCCACCCACGCGGCCUCGCAACGCCUUCAAAUUCCCUGGCUGCGCCUCCACAUAUCACUCUUCCCAGUGCUCUGCAGUGCUGUAUCGAGGAGCUGCGAGCCAGGCGUGGUCGAAGUCCUCUCCUUGUGCUCCUAAGGAUUAGCGUCUUCUUCGCUCUGCGGCUCCCAGCUCUGGUUGCUUGCAAGUUCGAUCAGGUGAACAGCUUAUCGACAAUGAAGAUGUCUCGCGUGCUGUUCGGAAUCUUCGUCCUCGUGACGCUGGCUGUAGCGGUCACUGCACAGGAUUGUGCCUCGGCUCUCAAUGGUCCAGAGUUCGCCGAAUAUUCAGCUCAAAGGGAUGCCAUGAUGGCGAGUGGAGUUGCUUCUGAAGUCAUGGCACGGAAUUCCCUCACUCUUCUACUCAUCAAGAAUGGGCCAUUCGCCGGAUACGCGUCUUCGCACCCUGACUACACGACACAGAUGCUUGCUGAUGUUCUCAGGUACCACGUGCUUCUUACCUAUUACGACUCCGAAACCAUCAAGCAGGCCAACACCCUGAAUGCCGAUGGCGUAGUAACCACACUGUACCAAACUACAGGACGAGCUAACGGUAUGGAUGGAUUUGUAAACAUCACAUACAACCCUACUUCCAAUGUUGUGACAGUGAUGCCCUCGACUAUCGGAUCCACCACGAUGACCACCGUGGUCUCAUACCCAAAGGCUGUUCCCUACAACUGCAGCUACGUCGAAGUCAGCAAUGUCCUCGAACCCGUUGGCCUUAAAGCCGCUCAGUUGGCGCCAACUGCCCCUCCCACAACUGCUCCGACGCCUGCCCCCAUGAUGAUGGGACCAGUUGAAUCACCAAUGGAAGCUCCCAUGUCUUCCCCGAUGAUGGCACCACCAAUUGAAUCUCCCAUGGAGUCGCCAAUGGAGUCGCCAAUGGAGUCGCCAAUGAAGUCACCAAUGGAGUCACCAAUGGAGUCACCAAUGGAGUCACCAAUGGAGUCACCAAUGGAGUCACCUGUUGAAUCCCCUGCUGAAACCCCAGUCAUGAUGCCACCAAUGCCCGAUUUGGAGGGACCUGCGAUGGGACCAUCCUCCGCAGUCAGUGGUGCAUCACUUGUCAACUUCGACAUCGCCGCUUUGGUUGCGUCGGCUGUUGUGAUUGCCGCCAUCUUCUAGAUGGACUGUGUCUGCUGUUCACUAGUUCGUAGCGGUUAUUCAUUGCACUCCACAUUGGACGUGUUACGGACAGUGCCGUCGUUUCAGUACUCAGCGCUUAUUAUGACGUGUUUAUUGACGCGUUGAUGAGCAGCUUCGUACGGUAACGUCUUGGAAGACUGUAAACGUAUUGUAAUUGUGACUAGCGGUCGUGUAGUAUUAUUGAUGAUUGAUCGAUGAUUAGACUUUGUAGCAGAGUUGUGAUGGACGAGUAACUGGAUAAUUGACACAUUUGUAUUCUCUUGCAAUAAAAUGCGUGUUCAUUUAGUCA